AGUAAAUAGGUUUGGGGAAAGCGGACUGUGGCAGGAGGAAUACUACCUCUGUGGCAGAGAGAGGUAGAAGCAACGUGCAGACCAAUUCCCUGGAAACAGUCUUCAUGUCGUCCCUCAAGUACAUUCAGUACCACGGCCUUCUCCUGCCCACUGUGGCCCACAGUGCAGAGAGCCUGGAGUAUGCCCACAAUUUCCCUGUGGAAGACACCGAUGUUUUUGCUGUGACUUAUCCCAAGUCAGGUACUAUCUGGAUGCAGGAGAUCCUUCCGUUGCUGCUUAAUGGAGGAGAUCUGACUCCAAUCCAGACUACUGUAAACUGGGACCGGGUCCCAUGGCUGGGAGUAAAAAGAUUGGCUGAGGUUGCAGAUAAGCUGACAUCUCCACGUGCUCUGGUCACACAUUUUCCCUACAGCCUCAUGCCCCCUUCAUUCCACACCUCCAAAGCCAAGGCGAUCUAUGUGAUGAGGAACCCAAAGGACAUCUUGGUGUCUUCAUACUACUUCCAUCAGAUGGCGACCUUUCUCGAGGAUCCAGGGACUUUUGAUGAGUUCUUGGAGAAGUUCCUGGAAGGCAGAGUGAUGUUUGGGAAGUGGACAGACCAUGUGAAGAGCUGGAGGCGUGCAGAGCUGGGAGACAGAAUUAUGUUCAUCACUUAUGAAGAAAUGGUUCAGGACCUGCCUGCAGCUUUAAGGCGUAUGUCAGACUUCUUGUGCCGUAAUCUGAGUGAUGAAGCCAUUCUGAAGAUAGCAGAGCAUUGUUCUUUUAAGACUAUGAAAGCCAACAGAAUGUCCAACUUCAGCCAGAUUUCGAAAGAGUAUAUGGACAAUGACAAGUCUCCUUUCUUGAGGAAAGGGAUUAGUGGAGACUGGAAAAACCACUUCAGUCCAGAGCAACUGGCCCGAUUCACAUCGGUCAUUUUUAAAGAGCUGGAGGGCGAGAACUUCUCUCUGCCCUGGAGCCUGGAUUGACCAGCAAAGAACAAAAAGGGCUGUAUGGAGAUAAAGUCCAGGCCUGUACAUAACAGUCAUUUACAACUGGAGUUAAAUUCUCAAAACAAACACAAGUCUGCAGAAUCCUGCUUAAGACAUAAUAAAAUACAUUAACAU